AUGUGUUUUGCGGACGAUCUGAUAUUGUUCGCUGAAGCAUUUGUGGCUCAGAUCAGAGUCAUAAGAGCUGUCUUGGAGAGGUUCUGUGAGGCGUCGGGCCAGAAAGUAAGUUUGGAAAAGUCAAAGAUUUAUUUCUCUGCUAAUGUGGAGCGUGAACAGAGAGAAAGGAUCAGCGGUGUGAGCGGGAUACAACAGACCUGUGACUUGGGAAAAUACCUUGGGAUGCCCGUUCUACAAAAACGACUGAACAAGGAAACAUUCGGGGAAGUAAUCGCGAGAGUGUCAUCUCGUAUGGCGGGAUGGAAAGGCAGGGUUCUCAGUAUGGCUGGUAGAGUCACUCUCACGAAGUCGGUUAUAUCAUCUAUUCCUAUACACUCGAUGAGCACUAUCAUGUUACCUCAAUCCACGCUAGCCAAAUUGGACCAACUCUCGAGAGGGUUUAUUUGGGGAAGCAAUGGCGAGACCAGAAAGCAGCAUCUAGUUGCUUGGAGCAGAGUGUGUCAACUAAAGAACGAUGGCGGGUUGGGGAUUCGUUCAGCGAAGGAAAUGAAUUUAGCAAUGAUUGCGAAGAUGGGGUGGAGAUUAUUACAGGACAAAGAGAGUUUGUGGGCGAGUGUACUACGGAGAAAGUACAAAAUUGGAGACAUCUCAGAGAGGCAGUGGUCAAUUCCGAAAUCAAAUUGGUCGUCGACAUGGAGAAGUAUCAUGAUAGGUAUGCAUGAAGUGAUCUUUAAAGGAGCGGGUUGGAUUGCUGGAGAUGGGAGAUCUAUUAAGUUCUGGAGAGACAAAUGGCUUAACGGCACUCCUCUGUUGGAUAGUUCCACCAAUAACUCCCCGGAGAAUGUUGAGAUCGCGACAGUACGAAACUUAUGGCAAGACGGUGCGAGUGAUAGUCUCUCAUGGACAGCGAAUCCGGAUGGGGAAUUCACAGUGCGCUCAGCUUACUCCCUCCUGACAGGUAACGUGACGCCGAGACAAAACAUGGCAGUCUUCUACGCUCGAGUUUGGCGAGCAGUAGUCCCCGAACGGGUCCGCUUGUUCCUCUAG